AUGUGGACAAGUGGCUGUCAACAGACUGUGACGGUGAACUGAAGCGGUUUUGGAGAACUGUAAACCACCCUGCAGCCGAAAAUGAGUCUUUUACCUCGCACAGCCGAGGAGUUCAGCUCCGCGGAAUACUGGGAGAGGUUUUUUAAGAAGCGCGGGGAGAAGGCCUUUGAAUGGUACGGAGACUACAACAAACUGUGCGGCGUGCUGCACAAAUACAUCAAGGUCCAAGAUAAGGUGUUGGUGGUCGGCUGCGGCAACUCUGAGCUGAGUGAACAGAUGUACGAUGUUGGCUACAAACAUCUCACUAAUAUUGACAUCAGCGAGACGGUGGUGACCCAUAUGAACCAGAGAAACGCCGAGCGCCGACCGGGCCUGACCUUCCAGCAGGUGGACGCCACUCAAACGCCCUAUGAGGAGGCCAGCUACCAGGCUGCUCUGGACAAGGGCACGCUGGAUGCCAUGGCAUCAGAAGAAGAGGGAGCACUGGCCAGGGGCAUGCUCACCGAGGUGGGCCGCGUGCUAAGCGUCGGCGGGCGGUAUGUCUGCGUGACACUGGCUCAGGAGAGCGUAAUCAAGUUGGCCGUGGAGCACUUUGUCCAGCUGGGGUGGGCCGUGAGGCUCCACUGCCUGCAGGAGGAAAGCGGGAAAGAAGAGGACUCCUUCGCUCUGCCCGUCUUUGUCCUGGUCUGCACCAAGUUUCGCCAGCCGAUGCCCACGCCCAUUCUGGAGAUGUGUCUCGGGGAAGAUGGAGCCCCGACGCGUCUCGCACGGGUAGCAGAGUUGCUGUCGGCCGUGCGGGAGCAUCAGGCUUACUCUGUGUUGAAAAAGAGGCUCCGCACGAGCACAGACGCCAGCUCCAACCUCUCUCUCACCCUCUGCCACGCCAAGACUGGCCUCCCCAGAUACACUCUCACAGUGCAGGAUUGUCCCCCAGGGGCCAAGGUGCCCAGAUCAAACCAGUUUGCCAUUUUUAUCGUGCCUCAAGGCAGUGAGACGGCCUGGCUGUACAGCUCCGGUGAGGGGCGACGGCAGCUGGCGGCCAGCGCUAACUUUCGGCGCCUGGUUAUUGCGGCAAUGCACCGGAACCAGGAGUACACAGACAUGCAGGCUGUCCAGUCAGAGCUCUCUCCGAUGGUGAUGGACCUGGCUCCACCGGGCAUGCCAGCCAACCAGCAGGUGCCGUUUCUGUCAGUUGGAGGGAACCUGGGUUGGCGGGAGGAGGUCAGCAGGGGUGUGAGCGAGCUGAGCGGGGAGUACUGUGUGGAGAACGUCAAAGGAGAAGACGGGGAGCUGUAUAGGAGGCUCGUUUUCCUCUCUAAUGCUGCCCUCGUCCAAUCAGAGAGCCGCCUCGUCUCCUCAAAUACCACAUCAAGUCACAAGAAGAAAAACAAAAAGAAGAUCAAGCCAACGGCUGCUCCAACAACAUCCUCCACCUCCCUGUCAGUGGACAGCGGCUUCCUCUGCUGCGCUCACCAUGAAGUCAUGGUGGCCGGCCUCACAGUGCUUGGGGUGGGCACGCCAGAGAACAAAGACGUCCCAGUGUCAGUGCUCCUGGUGGGGCUCGGUGGAGGAGGCCUGCCUCAGUUCCUACGGGACUUUGUGCCCGACGUUACCGUCGAGGUGGUAGAACUCGACCCUGUUGUGAUGCAGGUGGCAAAGGAAUGGUUCGGGUUCAGACCAGAUGAGCGUUUGACCGUCACUCUCGGAGACGGCCUCGAACGCAUCUGUGCCCUGGAGAAAGAAGGCGGUCGUUUGUUUGACGUCAUCAUGUUCGAUGUCGACAAUAAAGACAGUACUGUGGGUAUGAGCUGUCCACCUGUUUCCUUUGUAGAACCUUUGAUCCUGCAGAAAGUCUGCAGAUUGCUAACCCCAAGAGGUGUAUUCAUACUGAACCUCGUGUGUCGUGACUCGGUCUUGAGGAAAAGCGUGCGGGAGCGCGUGAGCGCCGCGUUUCCCACCAUCCUCUCUCGAAAGGUGGAAGGGGAGGUCAACGAGGUCCUGCUGUGCUCUCGUGGAGCCGCUCGCAUCCUCCCAUCCCUCAACCAGGCAGCCAAGAGUCUGCAGAGCGCGCUGAGCUCCAACAGGACCGGAAACAGCAGCAGCCGCCCACAUAUAGACAUCGCAGAGUUGUUAAAGGACCUGAAAGUGGAGUGAAGUUUGUUUGUGCGACCGGAGGG